UCUCUCCAAGACCUCAAUUUUUGCACAGCCCGGUCCUUGAAAUAAGAUCCCUUCAAGAGACCUGGAAAACAUUUCCUCAGCAAAACCCUCCUGUUUUUCCAAAGACUCUGUCUCAGGAAUUUAAAGCACACUUUUAACACGCACACACACACACACACACACACACACACACACACACCACUUAAGGGGGGGAGAAUUCCUUUCCCUCCCUCUGUCCCCUCCUUACAGAAAGAAUGGAAGAAAGUUCUAGCCCUCCUGUUUCUCCUGGGGACAGCUUGGGGACCAGUGAAGAGGAGCUGGAGAGGCAGCCAAAGAGAUUUGGAAGGAAGAGGAGAUACAGUAAGAAAUCCAGUGAAGAUGGAAGUCCAAACCCAGGCAAACGGGGAAAGAAGUCCAGCCCAAGCGCACAGUCCUACGAGGAACUCCAAAGCCAACGGAUUCUUGCGAAUGUCCGAGAGAGGCAGAGGACUCAGUCCCUCAAUGAAGCUUUUGCAGCCUUGAGGAAAAUAAUUCCAACCCUGCCUUCCGACAAACUCAGUAAAAUCCAGACUCUCAAGCUGGCUGCCAGGUACAUAGACUUCCUCUACCAGGUACUGCAGAGCGAUGAGAUGGACAAUAAGAUGACCAGCUGCAGCUAUGUGGCUCAUGAGAGGCUCAGUUACGCCUUUUCUGUGUGGAGGAUGGAAGGAGCAUGGUCAAUGUCUGCCACACACUAGCCGACAUCAGGGUAAAACCAGCAACAACUGCCGAAGUGACUGUCCAAUUCUGGAGACUGGAGUGGAGCCGAAAUGUAUCCAUGUUUGUAGCUUGUGAAACCUUAAUAACCUCAAGAGAACUGGUCUAAAGGAACCACUUGACUUUCCUCGCUUUGAACUCCUGCAGAGCAUUUAGAGAGAACACAAAUACAGCACCAACGCUAAUGGGUUGGAAAUGUUGCAACAUCUCUUCCCAAGAGACUGAACUAAAACACAAAUAUGCUAUUUAACUUUGUGUUUAUUUGCUGGAGUGUGUGUGUGUCUGUGUGUGUGUGUGUGCGUGCGUGCAGGUGCGGGUUACUUUUUUAAAAAAAAAUCAGGAACACGUUAAUGAGAGAUCUAUGGAUUUGGAUUUCAUUUAUCUUUGCAAUUUUUGUGUGUAUAGUUUAAUUAAAAUCAUGUUGUAUAAAGUAAUGUCAAAAACUGGACCAAGGCUCUAUAGAAAAACAAGCACCCUAAAUUCUGCACAUUUUUUUUGUCACCAAGGAAGCCUGGAAUACAGAUUUUUCUCUUAUGCAUCCAGUACUACCGUUGUUACUCUUUCCCUUCAUUAGCCUUUCUCUUUUGUAAAAUGUAUUGUGCCAGUCUGUUGUUAUUUGUUUUAUUUAUUAACAAAUUUUUAAACAAAAGACCAUAAAGGUCCUGGUGUAUAAUGCUUCU